AUGGGGCAUGGUAGUUUGAUGGCGGAGGGCGAACGCCUGAGACGCGAGCUCGAAGAUGGUGGGAAGAGAACUUCCCUGCAGGGCUGGGGAGAAUUCGGAAGACUGGGACAUGGAGAUACCUUGUCGCAGUUAGAGCCAAAACGUCUCCGCUUUGACAAACGCUUCCCUGUCUCACUAUCCUUUACAGCAUUGGCGCAUGAAUCAUUGAAUGGCGCCAUCUACGUUGCAUGUGGCGGGCACCACACAGUAGCUGUAACAGAAGACGGAGAGGUGGUCUCGUGGGGUUGGGGUAACGAAGGGCAGUUGGGGAGUGGAAACGCCUUCGAUCAAACAGUGCCGGCCGUGGUGAAAGCCUUGUCAAACCACCGGGUGUGCGGGGUCGCGUGCGGAUACUAUCACACUGCCGUCGUCACAGAUGUCGGUCUGGUGAUGUGCUGGGGGAAGGGAAACUCCGGUCAACUGGGACAGGGGGACUGGACCAGCUCCUUGCUACCAAGAACGGUAUCAACCCUCUACAACGAGAAGAUUAGACAGAUCGCAUGUGGCAUGGCGCACACGCUUGCGCUGUCUGUGAACGGGGAGAUAUACAGCUGGGGAGCUGGAGCUGAUGGGCAGCUGGGUGUAGGCAAACAUCAGGAGGAGACGGCGGAUGUGGCCACUCCGCAGAAGGUCAGGGUUGACGAGGAGGAGAAGUUUGAGUUCAUAGCCUGUGGGAGUAGACACUGCAUGGCUAUCACGGACGACUGCCGACUGUUUUCAUGGGGUCUCGGAGCAGAUGGGCGUUUGGGUCUCGGGGAUUCUGAGAGCCGAUUCAGCCCCACUGUUGUCCGGCGGAGUAUAGAGAACCUUCGGAUCUGUUACGUGGCGGCAGGGGGCCAUCACACGGCGGUUCUCUCUGACAAUGGCGAGAUCUUCACCUGUGGUAGAGGGAGCUAUGGACAGCUCGGGCAUGGAGACGCUGAUCCGCAGCUGACUCUGAAGAAGGCAAGAGCGUUGCGCCAUGGUUGCCUCCUGCUCCAUAUUGUCCAGCUGAGAGACAAGAAGAUCAUCAAAGCUGCUUGUGGCGACACGCACACGUUGGUCAUAUCGACUGCUGGCGAAGUUUUCGCAUGGGGAGCAGCAGAAGACGGGCAGCUGGGGACGGGAGGGACAGAGGGAGCAAACUCUCCCGUCGAGCUCACAAGCCUUCGGGGACUUGUCGGGGACGUGUCCUGUGGGCUCGUUCACUCUGCUGCUGUGCCGAUGCAAAUCUUUGCCGUCAGUUCCAAGAUCGCAGAGCUGGAAGAUGUGAUUCAACGUCUCUCCACCAGCCUUCGAACGGCUGAAAUGCAGGUGCAAGCAGAGAGAAGGUCUCGGCUGGUUGCGGAGCACAAGUUGCAAGAGGCCAUGCACCUCUUGUCAAAGAGGGGAGCUGUGCAUAAGGUGGUACAUGGGAGCGAAGCAACAGGAAAUGGAGAGGAGGAGCAUCGCAAUCAUGCUGUGAGGCACGAGGCCCCUCCUAUGGUGGAUGCGUGCGUACAGACUGAGGGUUACUUGCUCUAUCCCCGCAAGAGUUACGCCAAGAGCUCGGUAGCAACAGCAGAACCUGUGGCCCCUCCAGCAGGCAACCAGGAUGACAGGGCCUCCUCGCGCCAGGGGGAAGGAGAGAGGAAGAAGGAGAGAGAGAGCGAGAAGGAAGGAGAGAGGAAGAAGACGGGUGAAGGGACGGGCUGCUCCGACGAGCUCAGCAGAUCCAGCAGGUGA